AUGCCCAAAGUCUCUUUGUCUCUCUCUCUCUCUCUCUUUCCCUCUGUGGAGCCUUACAAGACGCGGCGUCUACAGUUCACAGCGCGUGCCUGGCAUCAGUUCGACACACUGCAGACGUGCUUGCAUCUUCCGACCAUGGCAGACGUGCUUGCAGCUGCUGGUACCGCCAUGUUUGAUGAUGUUGUGAUGGCCCAGAAGUUGCCGACUGCGGUGAUGGAGCGCUUCAAUCAGUGCUUGAUUUCUGGGGAGCCAACGCCAGAGGAGGAUCAGAAGGUCAUCGCUGACACCAUCUUCACCUGGGCUCGGGAGUUGGGCGCCAUUGAUUUUGCCCACUGGUUCUUUCCUUUGCGUGGUGGGGGCGGAGCUGUUGGUGGCAUGCUGGGCGCCUUCAAGAAAGACACAUUGAUUGAUCUGGAGUUCUCGUCUCCGUUUGUUACAAAGCCCAUGAAGGCCUGCUUACCGCACGAGCGUUUGUUUCAGGGAGAGACCGACGGAUCCUCAUUUCCCAAUGGUGGCCUGCGGGUGACCCACUCAGCAGCCGCAUUUACCACCUGGGACAGAUCAUCACCGCCCUUUGUGACAGACAAGUGCCUCUACAUCCCAUGCGCCUUUGUCACACACUUUGGUAAGUGCAUCGAUGAGAAAACUCCGUUGCUCCGAUCAAUGGACGCAGUGAAACUCAACGGAUUGCGGCUUUUGAAAGCAAUUGGGAUUGGAACCGAUGCUCAAACCAUGCAUAGCUAUCUCGGCUGGGAACAAGAGUUUUUUGUGAUCUCUGCUGAUCACUACAAAGCUCGCCCAGAUUUGGUGAAUUGCGGCAGAACAUUGUUCGGUACACUGCCUACAAGGCAUCAGCAGGGAGAUUUGAACUACUUUCAGCCAAUUCCAGGGAAAAUUCAGCAACUUUUGGAUAUCGCACAGGCUGAGAUGCUGAAGGUUGGUUGCCCGAUGGCAGUGAAACACAAUGAAGUCGCUCCAGGGCAACAUGAGAUGUCUCCAGUCUUCCGGACUGCCAAUGUUUCCUGCGAUAGCAAUGUACUUUUCAUGGAAGUGAUGAAUCGAGAGGCUGCCAAACUUGGCCUUCAGGUGCUUUUCCAUGAGAAACCAUUUGCUGGCAUUAACGGCAGCGGGAAGCAUGCCAACUGGUCUGUGGGCACUGACACGGGCCUUAAUUUUUUCUACCCGGGGAAGAACGAGGAUGGUGCAAAGCUCUAUGUCACAGCCAUUGCUUGCUUGUCAUACGGAUUGGCGCAGUACAACGAGAUGGUACGAUGCACCGUUGCACAUGCAGGAAAUGACCAUCGAUUAGGUGCACAGGAAGCUCCACCGGCCAUCAUCUCAUUGUACCCAGGGCAGGGUUUCGAACACUUUGUGGACAGCAUUUGUGAAGGGGGUGAUCUUCUUGGGUACAAAGCUGAGAAGAAGAAGCAACAGACAGGCUGCAGUGCCGCCAUGCACAUCGAGGCCAAUGUUGAAGAUCGGAAUCGUACGGCGCCCUUCCCGUUCUGUGGCAAUCGCUUUGAAUUUCGGGCAGUUGGGUCCUCUCAAAAUUGCUGCCUGCCAGUUAUGGUCUGCAAUGCGGUGAUGUCAGCAGGCAUGGCUCACCUUUCAGGACUCAUUGAAGGUGGGAUGAGCCACCGUGAUGCUGUUGCCAAGGUCUUUAAGGACAACAAGCACGUGAUCUUUGCAGGAAACGGCUACUCCGCAGAGUGGCCAGUUGAAGCUGCCAAGCGGGGCCUGCCCAAUCUCAACACUACGCCGAAGGCAUUGGCGAAAUGGAACACCGAGAAAAACAAGCAGCUCUUUGAAAGUUUGAAGAUCUACACAGCAGAAGAGACUGAAGCGCGUCAGGAGGUGAUGUAUGAGAACUACAUCUCUUCACUUUGCUGUGAGGUGGAAACCAUGGUCCAGAUGACUCAGCAAAGAAUUUUGCCUGCUUGCGCCAGGGAUUUGAAUAAGUUCAAGGGCAUGGAGAAGCUGGCCAGUACUCGCAAGGCAACUUACGAGAGCAUCGUUGAUCAACUGGAGAAACUCAAGGCGAUUUAUUUGUCCAAGCCAACCACCAUGGCUGAAGAAGCCACCUUCCUUUGUGACACUGUCAAGCCGCUUGCUUGCAGGGUGCUUCGGGCUACACAGGGCUAA